AUGGCUGAGAAGUACACCUGCCGCUAUUGUAAGACGUCCUUGCAGGGCAAGAAGUACGUGCAGAAAGACAACUACUCCUGCUGCUUGCCAUGCUUUGACAAGUUCUGCGCCAACAUCUGUGUGGAAUGCCAGAACCCCAUCAGUGCCGAUUCCAAGGAACUCCACUACCAAAACCGCUUCUGGCACGACACUUGCUUCCAUUGCGCCAAAUGCCACUGCCCCUUGGCCACCGAGACCUUUGCGUGCAAGGACGACACUAUCCUAUGCAACAGUUGUGCCAUCCAGGAGAUCUCCCCCACGUGCAAAGGGUGCUCCCAGCCCAUCUUGCCUGGAGACAAGAACGUGGAAUACAAGGGCACCAUUUGGCACAACAACUGUUUCACCUGCAGCAACUGCAACAAUGUCAUCGGCACGGGCAGCUUCUUCCCGAAGGACGACGCCUUCUACUGCGUGGAUUGUCACAAGGCCAUGUUCGCCAAGCGCUGCGUCAAGUGCAACCAGCCCAUCAUGUCCGGAGGGGUCACCUACCAGGACCAGCCCUGGCACGCGGAGUGCUUCGUGUGCGCCGUCUGCUCCAAGACGCUGGCCGGGCAGCGUUUCGCCGUGGUGGAGGAUCAGUUUUACUGUGUGGAUUGCUACAAGAACUCUGUGGCCAAGAAGUGCGCCGGAUGCAAGAACCCCAUCACCGGCUUCGGCAAAGGCUCCAGCGUGGUGAACUAUGAAGGGCAGUCGUGGCAUGAUUACUGCUUCCACUGCAAAAGCUGCUCCACAAACCUGGCCAACAAACGCUUCGUGUUCCACGAGGAGCAGGUGUUCUGCCCCGACUGUGCCAAGAAGCAGCUGUAA